AUAUAUUAAUCUUGUUAAUCUUGUUUAUUAGAGAGAGUUAGGUUGAGUUCUUGAACUCCAAGUUACAAAUAUAAAGCGGGGUUGUGAAGAGAUAGACCCAAAACAGGAGGGGCCAUAUUUCUCCUUGCAGCUCCAGUCUUUCUUGUUAACACAGUCAAACUUACAGAGGGAUAGAAAGAGAUAGUAGGAAUCUUGAUAUUUUGAGAGAGAGAGAGAGAGAGGGGUCAGUCUGUUGCUGUGUGUGUGUUUUUGUGUGGUAGGGUGGAUAUAAAAGAGAGAGGCAUGCAGCAGCACCUGAUGCAGAUGCAGCCCAUGAUGGCAGCCUACUAUCCCAGCAACGUCACAACUGAUCAUAUUCAACAGUAUCUGGAUGAGAACAAAUCGCUGAUUCUGAAGAUUGUGGAGAGCCAAAACUCGGGAAAGCUUAGUGAGUGUGCGGAGAACCAAGCGAGACUUCAAAGAAACUUGAUGUAUCUCGCCGCCAUUGCUGAUUCACAGCCCCAACCGCCAACCAUGCAUUCUCAGUAUGCGGGGGGCGGCGGGAUGAUGCAGGCGGGCAGCGCGCACUACCUGCAGCAGGCUCAGCAGCAGUCCCUCAUGGCAGCGCGCUCCUCUAUGCUGUACGGAUCCCAGCCGUAUCCGUCGCUGCAGCAGCAGGCCCUGCACAACCAGCUCGGUAUGAGCUCCGGGGGCCUCAUGCUGCAGGGCGAGCCUCACAGCGCCGCUGCCAGCUCGGGCCUCGGAUUCCCGGACUUUGUGCGCGGGGGCAGCAGCGACGGGAGGGGUAUGGGCAAGCAGGAUAUGGGGAGCGAGGGCCGCGGCGACGGAGGCGAGACGCUCUACUUAAAAAGCUCCGAAGAUGGGAAUUGAGGUUAAAAGGUAAGCGGGGAAGGGAAGAGUUGCUUCUUGUCAACUUGUAAUCUAAUUAGCGGAACAAACUUUUAUUUGGUAUCGGAAUCACCAGGAUCUUAUCUAGACUACUUAUGCUACUUAUCAUAUAAUGUAUAUUUCUAGUUUUAAUUUUUUUCUUUGGCAUGCUCUUUUA